AUGUCCUUCAGCGAGACUCCCUUGGUGGGAGCUUCUUCUUACGAGAAGAAUGACGGUAGUCAUUCAUUCCGGGUUCAGGCCGGCCAGGAGUACUUAGGGGUGGCCACUUCAUUACGUCACGCGGUUGAGCUGCUUGAAGAACACGGCGCGGAAGUCUGCUGGCGCAGCGACCCCGCCGGAGAGGCAGAUCUCUUCAUCAUCAUGGGGUCGAUGUUCCCGGACUGGUUUCCGACGGAUUGGCGUAGCCAUUUCCACUUCAUGAAGCAGGUGCCGACUGACCACCCCCACAUGUCAGCACACCCGCUGAUGUACCGCAAAUUCCUCCUUCUGAAAGAGGCUGAAGCUCGUCAGUUUUGGGUGGACUGGUACUCCGAGCUGGCCGUGGCCGACAAGAUGGUGCUCUUCGGGGCCGCGCUUGCGUCUCCCAAGCAAGCGCAGGGGGCUUUCAAACUCGCGUUCGAAGGGCUGCGCCAAUUGGCGGUGCACAUGACGAGCGUCGACAGGACGUGGGCCAACACCCACCUCGACAGAUCCAUUGCGCAUCACUCUGGCCUGAUGGCGACGCUCCACGGCUGCCACAUCGUCCAGAAGAGCGAGACGGGCCGCCUCAACUUCGGUGGCGCCAUGCGCUACGACCUGUUGAAGUACAGCGAGGAAGCGGGGGGGCACUUCCGAGGCAUGGCGGCCGAGCAGGCGGCCAUUUCCAGCGUUGCUGACAGCAGCCCAUUGGGCACGACCGCCGACUGGCGGGCCGCCGUCUCCAAGAUGGGGAAGAGCUCCGGAUCAUAUCGGGGGCUCUGGCUUUGCCGAGCCACUCUGGUGGGCGCGCGGAUGGCGCGGGGCCUCUGCGCGACAGGACUCAAGGUGGAGAAGAACCUGACGCUCAAGGGCUUCUCGCAGGCCUUCCCCGGCUCCAAGGAGUGCGUGGUCAGGCUUGGACAAUAUUUCAAGUGCAAGAGGGUGAAAGAGCUCAUGAAAAAAGCUCAAGUGCAAGGGCCAGGCGGAGUACUUCACGAUGUACUUGUGUUUAUUCCUGGACAAGCGGGUCCGCAAGCACAACAGGACGGCCCUCGCGACAAGGAAGAAACACAUCCUCGCUGCGAGGGAAAAGCACAAAAACCGCCAGAAACACGAGGGGCGCCCGGCCGCAGUGAUCGACGCGGUCAUGCGCGACGCGGCCUGAUCACUACUGGCGCCAGGGCGAUUUUUUCCUGGCGUUGGUCGCCAUGA